AUGAUGGCUGCGCCUGCCACAACGUCACUGGACAAGAUCCGCGCUCAAUUAACCGCCCUGCAAAACCAGAAUAGGAUCUCUGCGGAGGAAGCAAAGCGAGCAGCCGAGCAGCGGCAGUGGGAAAAAUUGGUGAAAGAAGAAAAGGAACAAGAGUGGGUUCGGGCGGGAAUCGGCCUAACUCACCGGAAAGAGCGAGACGACUCUCUCACAAAGCUCAUCCAGAAUGAAUAUUCACGCCUCAACAAGCCGAAUGAUGCUUUUCGCGUCGGCAAAGAAGUUGUUGAAGGAGUUGCGCAGCGGUCUUUUCUGCUGCAAGAAAGACGAUUCAGGGACGCCGAUGAAGUUCUUCGCAAGAACGGAAAUUCUACUGAUACUCAGCGCUACAUGAUCCUAGCCUUUUCGUCUUCACCUGAGCAAAGGAUUCACUUGGUGGAGGUACUGAAGCGCAUGCAGGCACAAUGGGCAGCAGAGUGCAAGAGGCUUACAAGCGCAUGUGGACCCACACAAAGUUCUUCCAACGACAAUAUCAGCGGUGUAGUUGAGGUUGGCUCAGUUACGGCGUCGCAGCUGGCGUGGUUGACGGUGCUAGAGGGGCUAUCAGAAGAGGACAUUCAUGCACUCUGGGAGGCCGGCAUACUUGACGCUGAGACAUUGUUGUCUUUGUUCUCUGACAUUUCGUUGGAAGCACCUUUGCCGACAGAAAGCAAUGUCGGUGUAGAACGCACUCAAAACGAUGACGGCCAAGACACUUCUGAUCAAAAUGCGCCUGCUGAUCUGCUUCUCGACGAGAAGAUCAGGUAUGUGCAGCAGCUACACUGCCUGCAAGAGAUCACAAAUACUAUUCGGGAGACGGAGCUGGGUGAUGUGCCUCCGAUUGACCUGGCACCGACGAUUGUGAAGACGAGACGGCGCCAAUUUGAUAACAUCACAGAAGGAGAGCUUCGCCAGCUCGAGCAAUACGAAGAGUCGGCAGUCAUGAACCUGUCUCUGAAAGAGCCGUCCCCCUCUGCGGGCGCAUCACAUGCGGUGAAGGAUGAAGCGUGCAAUGUCGGUGUUCCUGCUGUGAUGCUCGAUCGUGCCCUUUUCCCAUCCAAUCGCUUUUUGAAUGCAGUGGCGCAGAAGGAUGCUGCACUGCGGCGCUCUUUGGAGCGGAUGGAACGAAUCAAGCGAGAGACGCUGCUCGAUCCGGUAUUUCAAGAGGCAGUGCGCUUUGCGCACGCGGUAGAGGAAGCCUCUGUGGCACCCCAUCUUCGUGGCUGGAGCAACAGCGACGGUGAUGACGGUAAGAUCAGCAGUGAGAAAAAGUGUACACCACUUAGGGCCACUCGCCGCAUCGUAUCAAAGCAUGACAAGCGGGUGGCUCGCAGCCGCCAGCUGCGGGGCCCCAUGGCGCUCUCACCGUACUCGCCAGAAGUGAUACCGUAUUUUUAUAAUGACAUGCGGAGCAUAGUGCCACCGCGUGGGGCGUUUAACCUGCCGGACCCAGCGCUGACGAAGGCCGAGCGUGCCGCAUUGCGUGGCCGUCGGCGUCGUGCGCGAAAAGGUGUGCGCUACAGCAAAUGA